GUAUCCCACACAGGCAUGUUAAUUUUAGAAUGCAUCUUUUUACAUGUAAGGAUGUUAGUCAUACUGUGGAAUUCCAAUGUUUAGAAGUAAAACUUCUACUAUUUCUGCUUAUGUGUGUGGCAAAGAAUAGCAGGCAUGCGGACAUAUAGGUUGCUUGUUGAUUCUUGACGUCAUUUGAUGUUGUGCAGCCUGUAAUCCAAUCAGGGCGGGAGAGAGUUUAAUCCAAGUUAAUCCCACAUCCAGGGAGAGCGAGAGUAACCUAUAGGCAAAGACAGCAGUAAACUGAAUGCAGCAGCAUAAAACAGCUCAAGAAGCGACCGCCACACAGCAGCAUGUGUUGACAUGUGAGUGUGACCUGUAAUUCUGUCUCAUUUGUCCCUCUGCUCUGGUCCAUCCUCGUCUGACAGCUGCUUUCCUGCGUCCUGAAGCCUUUGUUGCCAUGGAUACCUUUCCAUGGAGAUGCAUUCCCAAAGGUAGGGGCGGGCUUUAAGAGAGAGAAGACCCUCAACUUGAUGGAGCAACAAAGAAAGAGAAGCAAUGAAGAAGGGCAGAGCAUAGUUCAGACAUAAAGGUCAGCAAAGAGGAAGAGUUGGACCGUCAGGAUGGGGUAUGACCUGGAGAGGUUUGUGGGCUAUGUGAAUGACGGGCUACUGUGCUGUGUGUGUCGAGACGUGCUAGAGCGCCCUCUCCAGGCGCCCUGUGAACACGCCUUCUGCAGCGCCUGCAUCAGCAGCUGGCUGCUCCAUCACCACACUUGUCCGGAGGAUAGACAGCCAUUGGAUGUGGGAAGUCUCAAACCUCUCUACAGGUACAUGCGUAACGACCUCAACCGUCUGCAGAUACGUUGCGUGAACGCAGGACAGGGGUGUGAAGCCGUGUGCUCACUGGAGAGCCUGCACACACACGAGGAUGAGUGCGACUUUGCUUUUGUAUCAUGCUCAAACUCAGGCUGCCCCGCUCAGGUAGAGAGGCGUGGCUUGGAGGCUCACCUGUCAGAAUGUAACUUCUGUAGCAGAGAGUGUCCAAACGGCUGCGGCCAUACUCUUCUCUCCACGGAGCAACCGCAGCAUAACUGUGUGGCAGAGUUGCGCACGGAAGUGGAGAUGCUGCGGGUUGAGAUGCUGUGCAAGGUGGAGGAGGUGAGACGGGAGAUGGAGUCUCGCUUGGACUCGCAGAGGAGACACAUGGUGCAGAAAGAGUCGCAGCUGAAGAACGAAGUCGAGGAGGUGAAGGGCCAGUUGUCCCGUGUGAUGGGUGACAUGCGUGCCCUGCUAGGAGCAGAGCGUCUAAGGAGACAAGAGUUGGCAGAGGUCGAGCUGGAGAAGCAAGAACUGUUGGAGCUCCUCAGAGACCUACACCCCACCAAGGGUCAGCAGGCAGUGGACCAGGUGGCCCGAGAGCACCUUCAGGGGGAUCAGCAGGCACCCGUAUGGGAACCGACCUACCAGCCAUUGAGGCACCAGAGGAGGGAGGCUUCCUUAAAUCUUCCCAGUUUAACCCCUCCUUCACCCCAGCUGAGUGAUGGUGCACGCAAGAGUGGAACCCGGAGUAUGACGCUGGAUUACAUCAAGAAGAAGAGCCGGGAGGUCACGGUCAUCUGAGAAGACUGGACUGAAGAUUAGCCAAAUAAGAAUAUAGUUUUUCUUGGUAAACAAUUUUUAACUACGGUAGAUAGUAGUAAUCAAAUCAAGUGCAAAGCAGAACGUGGUCUGGCAUGUGUUAAAUAAUUUUAGGAGCAAAUGAUGUGUUUGAAAGAUAUUUUGUGUCAACCCACUGUGGGGUAAUCAUUUGACUGUAGGUUUAACUGUGAAUAAACUUUUACUAAUUUUAUAAACACCACUGAUUAGUGCAGUAAUGUAACGCCCCUUGUAUUACUAUACGUAUGGAAUUGUAUUUCUAGACUUCAAAGCCCUUUCACAGGCAAGAAAUCAUGGAAUCAUAUUUGAAUAUACAGUACAGGUAUAUACUUGUAUGAUUGCAAUAUUUCUCUCUCUGGCAUCUAAUUUUUCUAAACAAAUUAAAAUUUUCAAGGAUAUGGUUAAAUUAAAACAGCUUUUUAAAAAUUGCUUUGCAGUAUUCAAUUAAAAUGAUGAUCUUGAAAGGACAAACAGAAACUCAAUUACUAUGAACUUUAAUUCUCUGGGUACAAUUGAAAAUAACAAAACAUAAAACAACACAAAAGCCUGCACAUCAUUAUGACAUCAUGAUCACCAUGGACACAUUUCCAUGGAGAUGGCACAUAAAAGAUCCCCAUUGGUCCAAAAGGAGCCCUAACAGCCUUGAGUCAAUGCCCAGGUGUAUUUACCUGGUGAAGGAGCGGACGUGUCUGCCCCUCCCACCUCCGCUCCCUCCCCCGCCACUAAACUUGCUCACCUGGGACCCUCUCCCUCCUCCUCCGCCUCCACCACCACCUGCACUGCCGCCACCGCCGCCGCCUCCUCCUCCACUAAGCCACGACAGCCCCGUGCCUCCUCUGCCGCGUGGGGCACGAUCACGUGGAGCCAGGCGAUAUGCAUCUGGGACACAAUGAGAAGAAGUAGUUUAGAAAUUCAUUCAGUUUAAAUGUUUGUGUGCAUGUGUGUGUCAUUCCUUACUCGCAGGAAGUUGUCUGGAGGGCAGAGGUCCUCGUGUGAAGUUGCUUUGACCCCCGCGAGGUUCACUGUAUGUUCCUCUGUGAGUAACGGCUGGGACUUGUCCGCUCCAUGAUGAGCCUCGGCCUCCCUCCCUGCGAGCAUAGUUACCUGUGGAAAGAAAAGACUUUGGCGCCCUCUGCCGGUGCUGAGGAAUAACUACACACUGCAGGCUUAAUAUCGCUACAGUGGACUGACAUCUAACUCGAAACCGAAACUCGGCAUUGCUUGCACAUUUACUUGUGACUUUCACCAGAGAAAUACGGAGAAUGGGCGAUAAUGAAGAAUUUUUUAACCCAUGGCAGUUUGUUGACAUGGUUUUUCUCCAUGUGUGCAUAUUUUUUAUUUUGAUUCUUCUGUUUUCAUAUGAUAUUUUAUACUAUUAUCUAACAGAGCUGCUGCGGUAUUUUCGUUGUAUGACUAACCCUCCAAAAAAUGAUUUUCUCGAGCAUAUUUUGUGGAGCAGCAC